AUGAUUCCAGCGGGAGCAAGGAGAUCCAAAAUCAGACCACCAAGGAAGUCGUUGAUAAGUUCGUCGUCCUCUUCUGAAGACCCUGUUGCCGAUCCAGCCAUUGAUUUUGAAAAGAAUUGGUCCAUUUUGCGGGAUGCAAUCACUCAAAUUCAAAACAAGAACGUGUCAAGCUUAUCCUAUGAGCAAUUAUAUCGUAAAGCUUACGUUUUAGUGUUGAGGAAAUUUGGAGGGCAGUUGUAUGACAACGUGGCAGAGACAGUAAAGAGUCACUUGUUAGAGCAAAGAUUACAUUUGUUGAGCCUUGGUUCUAGUCCCGAGCAAUUCAUGCGUUUACUACUUCAAGAAUGGGACGAACAUUUACAAAGUAUGAAGUUUAUUAGCGACGUGUUGAUGUAUCUUAAUCGUGUAUAUGUAAAGGAGCACAAGAAGCUUCUUAUUUAUGACUUGGGUGUCCAACUUUUCAAAGAAAAUGUGGUAAUGUACAAUAACAACGAAAUCGGAUCUCGAAUGAUUCACAUUGUGCUAGAUGAAAUAAGCAAAAGCAGAAGGGGAAUUGUCGUAACCUCGAAUAUGUACAUUACAAAGAUUAUAAAUAUGAUGGAACUGUUGACAGAGAGCAAUUUAUCUUCGGAGAUGCAAUAUGGUGACAAUUACUACCAAACAGUGUUUGAACCGAUGUUCUUGAAAAGUUCGGAAGAUUUUUUUCAAGAUUUAUCGAAGGAUUAUAUCGCGUACAAUCUGGGCUCCAAGUACUUACAUUCCACUUUUCAAUUCAUCAACGACGAAGAAAAACGCAUCAAAUUCUUUCUACCUCAAACCACUCACUUGAAAAUAUCCACCUUGAUGGACAAUAUACUCAUUAAGGAUAAGAUCGACAAGGUAAUCCAACAACUGCAGGAAGGACUUGGUUACUGGCUUCAACCGGUGAUGACAAACCUCACCCGAGAGUCAAACCCACAGGAUCCUAACCAUCACACUGAAUUGAGGUUGCUAUAUCGUCUCAUAGGCAGGAUUGAUGAUGAAUUUCAGCUUUUACGACUCAGGUUAAGAGAGGCGAUUAUAGCUCAAGGAAAUUCGAUUCCGGACAUCAUACGCUCAACAGUCGAUGUAACCGGAUAUGAAAAAAAGGGAGGCUCGUCCACCCAAACAACGUUUGCGCUCAAUUGGGUCGAGGCUGUUCUCAAUUACAGAAUAUCCAUGCUUGGAAUAUGGAGGGAAUCUUUUGAUGAAAAUCUUGUUGUUGAGCAAACUUUGACCUAUGCAAUGAGAGACUUUAUCAAUGGAUCAAAGGGUAAAACUUCAGCCACAAACAUAAACGCACCUGACCUACUAUCCAUCUACAUGGACUACCAUAUUAAGCAAUUAAGUAAAGGGAUGGCAAGUAAGGAAUUAACUACUCAAUCUGGGGAUCAAACGGAAAAUCUCAUCAACAACUCCGUGCAAUUACUUAGAUUUAUCAAGGAUAAAGAUGCGUUUGAAGCCUACUAUGCAAAUCAUUUUGCCAAGAGAUUUUUGAAUGCAAAAGUCUCUUCUGUUGGAGCUGCAAAAAGUGUUGAUGUUGAGGAGAUGGUUCUUUCGAAAUUAUGUGAAGAAUUAGGGUCUUCAUCCCUAGACAAAGUGAUAAAGAUGAACAAAGAUAUCAAGAUCUCUCGAGAUACCACUCGUGGAUGGAAAACCCAUUUGGCAAAAGUGCAAGGGCAGUCCUCAAGCUUGAUUGAACUUGACUUGAAGAUCUGCAACGUUUCGGUGUGGCCAAAGUCCUUGACAAAAGACUACAAGCACAAUAAACCCGAGGGUGAAGAGUUUGCCUUCAAGUGGCCAAGGCAAUUAAGGGAAACCAUACGAGAGUUUGAAGAAUUCUGGCUCUCGGGGAAGAAAAAUGACAACAAAUCAUUGUAUUGGUCUCCAAAGUUUGGAUCUAUUGAUUUGAAAAUAACAUACCCUUCGAAAACAUAUGAAAUAAACUUGUCGGUAUAUGCGGCAAUAAUUAUGCUUUUAUUUGCACCCAGUCUGUCUUUGAACGGUGAAGAAAAACUGGCUUUCGAGGAGAAAAAGGAGUACUCAUACCGCGAUAUUGUUGAGUUAACCGGCAUACCCACUCUUGAACUCAAGCGGCAUUUGCAAUCAAUAGCUGUUGCACCGAAGCUGAGAUUGUUGGUUAAAAUUCCUAUGAGUAAGGAUGUUAGAGAAGAUGAUGUUUUCCGCUUGAAUGAUAAGUUCAAAUCCUCUACAGUCAAAGUAAAGGUGCCGACGGUUUCCUUAGCGUCUUCGGCUGCCAGUGGUAAGGGCAAAAAAACUAAACAAGAAGAAGAAACUGACGCUGUGAAUGCAAAUAUAUCAGAGGGGAGAAAGAUAGAGAUCAACGCAGCCAUAGUGAGGAUUUUGAAAUCUAGAAGAACAGUCAAGCAUAAUGAGUUAAUUGAAGGUAUAAUUAAACAGUUAAGCAGCAGAUUCCAGCCACUGGUUGUACAAAUCAAACAACAAGUUGAAGAUCUCAUUGACAAAGAGUACUUGGAAAGAGAUGUGAAUGACAGAAACUUAUACCAUUAUAUAGCAUAG